UGGAAGAACGUGUGGGCGUGUUCGCAGCCGUCCUCAUUACGUUCGCCCCCUCGUCCCCUCCGCCAGCGAGCCGUCGGUCAUAGCUGGAAAAAUGGCGGCCGGUUCAGGGGCCGCGAGCGGGCACGCAGCCCGCAACGCCAGCGUCGGCCUGGAAGCGUCUUUAGACCGACGUUUUCAAGGAGUGUCCAACACCAUGGAAUCCAUACAGGGACUAGCGAACUGGUGCAUUGAAAACAAAAAGCACCACGGCCUAAUCGUCCGCCACUGGAUGAAGUGCCUCAAGAAAUCUGACAACAAUCACCGCUUGAAUCUCUUUUACGUCGCCAACGAUGUCAUACAGAACUGCAAGAGAAAGAACGCCAUCGUCUUUCGUUCAGCGUUUGCUGAAGUCCUUCCUAAUGCGGCCCAGUUUAUCAGAGACGGGAAAGUCCGCAAGUCAGUGGAAAGGAUUUUCACAAUUUGGGAGGAGAGGAGCGUGUAUCCCGAGGAGGUCAUUUCUCAGUUUAAAGCUGGCAUCAACAAAAAGGAAAAGGAGCGAGAGAAGCAGAAAGAAAGGGAGAAGCAGAAGGAAAAGCAGAAAGAAAAGGAAAAGCAGAAGGAGAAGCAGAAAGAAAAGGAGACUCUCCCGGCGACCGCCCCAGCCAGCACCAAAGCUGCCCUCAAGUCUAAGAUAGUUGCAGAGUUCACUCCCAACUCGCUCAUUGAGCAGUUGUCGAGAUACAAGCAGGCAGUCGCAGAAGAGGAGUUGAGGGAGAAGCAGCUGGAAGCUCUCAGGGUGGAUGUCUGCAGCACGGAGGCUCUUAAGAGACUCAAAGACAAGGCGGAAGGGAACAAGUUUGCAAAGGACUUUGAGGAUGGCAGUCUGAAGCUGCAGGAGCUUGUCGUCUUCAUGGAGAAAGAGUUGAAAACGGGGCCUCCCCUGCUGGAAGCUUUGGGAAACGCUGACAUUUUCUACGAGAUGCAGUACAAGGAGGUUAAAAUCGUGGCAAAUGCGUACAACGCCUUCGCCAACCGUGUGGCCAGCCUCAAAAGAAAAUUAGAUUCCCUAAAGUCGACUCUACCCGGACCCGAGGACUCUCCCAUUCCCUCACCCUCCGAAGACGCCCCCUCCCCCACCGGCUCCGACUCCCCCUACCUGGGGCCCAGUAGAGCCCAGGUGGAUCCAGAGCUGGACGGCAAGGCCAUGGAUGAAGCCGAUGUGCCCAGUGACAACAGACACACGGAGGACAUGGACAUGUCCGAUGAAGAGGCCGGCGCUGCCACCGCAGGGGCAGAUGACAUGAAGGACAAGACGCCCACUGCUGUCGCCAAGUCCGACGUGGCGUUAAAGGCUCCCACCACGCCUACGAAAGCCCCUAAGCCCAACGCCACGGCGACGCCAGUGACGCCCACCCCUCCGGCGGCUCAAAGCACCCUGGCUGGCCCGAAGGGCGUGAAUCUGGAGAAGGUGGACCUGGGAAAGAUCAGCUCCAUUCUCAGCUCGCUCACAACUGCCAUGAAGAACACAGCAGCCACCCCGUCUCCUCGGCCGUCCCCGGGAACCCCCACCACUCCAUCUGGCCAAGCAGCAGCAGCAGCUACUACUUCAAGCCCUCACUUGGCAAACUUCUUGUCCCGUGUGGAUAUCACACCCGAGGGCAUUCUGAAUGCUUUGUCCAAAACAAACACACCAGUUCUAUCUUCUCUCCUGCAGAGUGUAACCAACGCCAACUCUGCUCCUCCCACUCGAACCUCCCCAGAAUCCUCAGCCGUUAAAACCCCGCUCACCCCAACCACCCCAAAAACCAAACCCCCUUUGGGGCUCAGCCUGAAACGGGACACACCAGGAAGAACAAGAGACUGGGAGAAAGGGAGGCAGCUGUCCCCUCCUCCUCCUCCUCCUCCACCGCCUCCUCCUCCUCGCAUGUCUGCUCCCUCUGUUUCUUCCCCCAGCCUAGAGUCCAAAAUCAACAGUUUCCUGCAGGGUAAUCCGGGCUUUAGUCUGGCUCUGGGUGACGUCAGUCCCGAUGGGGUGGAUGGGACCCCAGUGAGAGACGAAGCUGCCGGCACCCCCACCCAGGACGAGAUCAUGGACACACCUGGGAGUGUGCCAGAGUCUUUAGGGUCUUCCGGAGGUCAUAACCUCUCGCCCACCGCCUACCGCAGUGAACCCUGGGAUGCUGUGAUCACCCCGUCGGGAAGCGGCAGCAAUGGAGACUUGCGGAGCUCCUCCGCCUCUUCGCGGUAUGGAGCAGGAAAAAAGACUGGCACAAAAUCGAAGGACGAUGAGGGGACGAAUGUGAGGAAGCAGGUAUCCUCGUCUCCUAGUGGCGACAUGAAGGGCAAGAAAGGACAGCACGGUCAGUCAAGAAUGAUGGGCAACAGCAGAGGAAUCGGAGAAAGAAGAGCGUCCGCGGGCUCUCGUAAGGCCAGCAGUGGCUCCGAUGACGGAGGUCUGAGUGGGAAAAGGGAGGGGAAAGCUGAACAGGCUGCGGGUGGGGAUGAACGGGACGGACUGUACCACCGCAUUGAGACACUAGUGUCUCCUUACACCGAAGGGGCACCCAUCCAGACUCUAGGCUACUCGAACCGCCCACUCGCCGGAGAGCGCAUCAAGACGGUAGAGAGCAUCCGCGUGAUUGGCCGAGGUUCACGCCGAGGGGGCGGGGCCGGCAGUCGGCCGGGGGGAGCGAUGUGGUACGAAGAGGAGGAAUACAUGGAAGCUCAGCCUCCAUCAACCCACGCUAUCCCCUCUCCUCUAAACAUUGGCAACAAGGACAUGUCCCCGUCCAUGUCUCUGCCUCCCCCGCAUCUCCUCCUUCCACAUCUCCACCCUCCUCCGCCCCAUCCCCACGCACACCCUCCGCCCCAAUCCCCUUUCCAAAUGCCCUACCACACGGAUAACGUCCAAACUCCUCCCCCAUCACUCCUCCACCAGCAUCCUCCUCCUCCCUCCCAUUUCUUUGGCCCUCCCCCACCCAUCCCGAGACCUCCACCUCCUCCAGGUCCCCAGCGUCCUUCCCCUCCACCCACUCACCAUUCGGUGCCCAGUGCCGUCAUGGUUGGGGGGGUGUUGGUCCCUGUCGAUCGACCCCUUUUGCAUCCUCUCUCCCUUAGACUUGAGGGUGUAGAUCGCAGCAGAGGAGGGCCCAGAGGAAGUAAAAUGGGCCCUCCACCCCUCAUGGGGUCGUUGCUAGGCGAGCCCCCUAGGUUCCCCCGUCCUGGCACAGUUAAAGAACCUUUCGUCCCCCGCCACGCGCUCCCUCACCACCGCCCAGGUACUCCUGGUGUUCCCCUACCCUUGCUGGGCAGAGUGAAGGAGCCUCUAAAUCUGCCUCUUCUGCCCCGGUCUCCAACACCCUCCACGCCCUCCCCCUCCACGCCCAACUCCCCCGCGAUCGACGCUCUCCCCGCCAAGUCCGCUUCCCUCCAAAAGCCCCCCCCAAGUCCUCCGGCUCAGCCACGCGAUCAAACCUCUCACCCCGUUCCCUUACUCAACUUGCCCAGCCCUCGGCCCCCCAUCCUCUCCGGCCCACAGAGACCUCUGCUGCGGGGCCGAACGCCCUCUCAGCAGUUUAACCAAGAACGACCCAUGGGGGGAUUCCGUGGGGGCAAGCGGUCCGGUCCUCCGUUCACAGGUGGCCCCUUCGCGUCGCAGAAGAGACCCUUCCUGCCCCCGCGCUACUGAAGUGGUCGUCUAACACAUGCUGAAUGAGAAGUUCAAGCGCCCCUCUCUGAAGUGCAGAGUGUGUGUUAGCCCUGCUGGUAUGAGCCCAGAUAUCUUUUCUGUUCAUUGGUUUGAAUUAAAUCUAUUAUAGGUUGUGUGUAAAUAGUGGAUUUCAGCCAUCAUCAUCUUGCACAGUGCAGCGAUGGGGUUAUCAGUUAGUUGUGUAACAACCCUCAAUCUGUCCCAUUUUCUCAAACUUCUUUUCUAACUGUAGAAAAUUCAGAUUCAAUUAGAAAUGCCACUAUUCUUAAUUUAGAGGUGGACCAUUAGUGUGAAUGUUUGGUUUCUUAACUGAGAGCGAGAGCAGCGGAGUGAAGGAGUGGAGCGGCUCCCAGAGGAUACACAGGCAAGAAAUAAGCAAUAUUUUCACAUCUUGGGAAACUAGCUUAUUAGCUUUUUGUGUUUUGAGGAGAUGAAUACAAGUAUCAUACGUGUGCUAAAUAAGAAGCCACAGCCAGUUAGCUUAGCUAAGUAUUCAAGACAGGAAACGCCUCCACAGUUAACUUGUUAGCAUGUUAGCAUUGUUGUUUGAUCACCAUCACUAAGUGUAAAAAUGACACGUUAUACAGGAGAUGAUUAUUAUAUCAGGCAAAUGUAGCCCUCACAACUCCUCGAAGUAUCUUGUUAGCGUUACGCAGGACCAGGCUGCCAGCUGACCAUGUUAUAAUAAGCUAAAUGGUGUUUCCCCAUAUUUAACAGACCGAUAUAUCAUCUAACUGAAGAAAAUUCCACAAAUGUCAAAUUAUGCCUUUCAAAUUGUUAAAACUCCAAAGUGAUUUCUUGUGCGUGCGCGUGCGUUGUUACAUGGCAUUUCUCAUUUGAAGUGAUGAGUGUUGCAGCCGAGCUCAACGUCUUAUCUCCUGCUGUAAAUAAUGUUCUUCUCUUACACGACCAUUUUCAGGUUCCCAUCCCUCCCACUGUAUAUUUCUAAGCUUGUAAAUAUAAAAAUUGAGAGGAAACGGCUUUUUUCUUCUCCCCCCCUCCAAGCUCUCGUUUGUCUUAAUGAGGACAAACGUCGUUAAUCAAGCACUCGUCUUUACUGCGAUUGAGGCCUCGGAAAAGCUUUAGUUCCAGAAGAAUUUCUCUGCCGUGUCUGUCGCACCUUUCUGUCCUCCUUUUGAAGUCGCCACGCUGAAGAGGAGGUUGAAGAUCAUUCUGUAUUCUUAUUUCCAACAUAAAUGUCUGCCUGUGCGUGCUUCCACUUACACUGAAUCGUGAAGGUUCUCAGUAGUGGGAAGGGGAUGGGGGGGUGUUUUUAAUAGGCUUCAACAUGUACUGACUUGAAUAAAAUCCAGUUUCAAUACAGCUGGGGGGAGGAGAGGGGGGAGGGGGGGUGAAGAGGCAUUUUAUUUGGUCACUAAGUAUCACUUGAAUUGCGCUGUUACACAGCUGCCAUUUUCAUUAUGCAUUAACAUUUUAAUGCCUUUUUUUUCCGCUGCCUUUUUAUGAGAGACAGAAUUGGCAAUUUCCCAUUUGCAGCAGCAAUCACAUGGUAUCUGGGACGGGUGGGGGGGCAGAAAGCGAUUGAGCUAAUAAGGAUUUUUUUUAAACGGGUUUAUUUUAAUACCCUAGCUGUAGUUGGCCUCUUUUUCUUUUUUGCUUACCUCAUGCUUUUCCCUUCAAACCUGCGUGUUUACUUUUUGCUCACAUGGCUUCACUUAAAAAAACAAGAAAGGGUCAGCACAAUGGCAGCAAUCCUCCAUGUUGUGCAGGUAUUAAUGCCGUGGUGUUUCCCUUCCUCCCGCAUGUGGUCAGCCCACGCGGUGCACGGCGGGCGUAGCUGCUCAAACCCUCGUGUCUCUUGUGCUUAUCUGAUCAGUGUUGGUUUGUCUUCUGUGCUUACAGCUACAUCAAGAUGCACCUGCAAACGUUCCCGCAUAAAGUUUGAUACAUUGUUAAAAUGUAACCACACAGAGUGUGUCUCACUACAGUGUUUGGCCGUUCAUCCGAGCGCUGGUGUUUUACUUAAUGUUAUACGAGUCUGUUACCACCUUCUGUAAACUGUAUACCUUUUUUUUUUUUUUUUACUUUUUUUUUUUUUUAUCUGAUCACUCGCUGAAACCGCUAAAUAUCGACUCAGACCAGUUUGGUGUGUCCACUUUUCACAGUGAAAGCUAGAUUUACUGUUUAUAUAAAAAAGACUACCUGCUUACAGAGCACUCAUCAAGUUCUACAUUUCAAGUGUCCCUAUAAAUAACCUCUUCUCCAUUUCCUCCUUGACAAAUUGAGUUUGAAAUUGAUUGAAGAUGUGACAAAGCUGAUGGUCUGUGUAUAUAUGAGAAGUUUAACUGCUGUUCUCAUCAAUGAUGCUAUACCCCAGAUCUUUGAGUGUCCAAUCCUUUCUGGUGUGAUAAACAUGCACUCAUUCUGUUAUCGUCACAGUGAAUAUAUGCAUUAUUUAACCGUC